AACAGUAUUUCUGUGGCCAAAAUGGACGACGAAUUAGAAUUCAAGCCGUUUCAUGAGACAUACAGACUGAUAACAUUUUCUCUCUGUAUCGCCAUGAUAUAUCCCAAUCCUAGGACUGAAAAGUGGAGACUUUUCAGUAUACCAAUACUCAUAGCAACAGUAGCCCCGGUAGCGAUAAUGAUAUUCUUGGACAUGUACAAAUGCUGGAAAAAUGGCGAUAUUGUUAACAUUAUCAGGCAUAGCACCGUUGUUGGACCUUUCCUGGGCGGAUUCUUUAAGAUGAUCCUAAUGUACCACAAACGCGUCCAAGCAAAGCAAAUACUAGACGAAUUCGAUAGAGACCACUACAUGUUUAACACUGUCGCUGAAACUUACAAAGAUAUAGCGCGAGCUUCUAUCAGGAACUGUCAGAUAUACAGCGAGAGACUCUGGGCGUGCCUGGUGACGACUUGCGUCAUGACGUUUCCAGUAAUGGCUAUAGUGCUGAAUAUUUAUAACUUCAUGUUUAAGUCUGAGCCUACUAAGUAUAUGAUACAUGAUUUGGAAAAGCCGUUCUCUAAGGAGCCGGAGGAAAGAUUUGAGUCGCCUUAUUUUGAGCUACUAUUCGUCUACAUGUUCUACGCAGCCAUACUAUACGUAGUAAACUUCACUGGUUACGACGGUUUCUUUGGGUUAUGCGUGAACCACGCCUGCCUGAAGAUGGAGUUAUACUGCAAGGCUUUGGAGGAAGCCAUGAUGGCCGAUAGAGAGGAGGUCUAUGGCAGGGUCAUAGCUGUGAUUAGAGAACAGUGUCGGAUGUUCAGAUACGUAGAUUUGAUUCAGGAUACUUUCAACAUAUGGCUGGGAAUUAUAUUUAUAGCUACCAUGAUACAAAUAUGCACGUGUUUGUAUCAUAUCACUGAGGGCUAUGGUUUUGAUAUCCGCUACAUGAUAUUUGUGUAUGGAGCUGUGGUGCAUAUUUACUUGCCUUGCCGUUACGCGGCUAAGUUAAAAGCUAUGUCAAUGGAAACCUCGAACCGUUUCUACUGCUCCGGCUGGGAGCGCGUGGAUGACGAGCGCGUGAGGAAGAUGAUAGUGUUCAUGAUAGCGCGCGCUCAAGUGCCCAACGAGAUCACCGCCUUCAAUAUGAUGGCCUUUGAUAUGGAGCUGUUUCUAUCCAUUCUACAAACAUCAUACUCAAUGUUUACGCUACUGAGAUCUUAAAUCCGUUUACUUAUUGAAGUCUAGUACUCUUUUUUGCACUUAAAAUUGUUUUGGCUUUGAUAUUUAAAAAACACGUGUUUAUUUAUGU